CGCACGUCAGUUGCGGUCGACAUUUUGGAUCCGGAUGGUGUAGGAUCUAACGUUGUAUUAACAAUAUUUGAGUUGAAAUAAUCCUUCACUUCACAUUUGCAGUGCCUUGGAUUAAAGUUAAUUAGCCAACAUGACUCAAGCGUUACCUAUACGCUUCCAGGAGCAUUUACAGCUCACCAAUGUGGGGAUUCAGCCAUCAAACAUCUCCUUCAACACGCUCACCAUGGAGAGCGACAAGUUCAUCUGCAUCCGUGAGAAGAGCACCGAGGCAGCCCAGGUGGUCAUCAUUGACAUGGCAGACCCUACCAACCCCAUCAGGAGACCCAUCUCAGGCGACUCUGCCAUCAUGAAUCCUGCCUCCAAAGUUAUUGCUCUCAAAGCUCAAAAGACAUUGCAGAUCUUCAACAUUGAGAUGAAGACUAAGAUUAAAGCUCACACCAUGGACCAGGAAAUCACCUUUUGGAAGUGGAUCUCAGCCAACAAGCUUGCGCUUGUAACCGAAAAUGCCGUAUUCCACUGGAGCAUGGACGGCGACGCUCAGCCCACGAAGAUGUUUGACCGGCACAGCAGCCUAAACGGCAGUCAGAUCAUCAACUACCGCACGGACUUGAAGCAGAAUUGGCUUCUGCUCAUCGGCAUAUCAGCGCAGCAGAACCGAGUUGUGGGCUUCAUGCAGCUCUACAGCGUCGAGAGGAAGGCUUCACAGCCCAUUGAUGGACAUGCAGCUGCUUUCACCCAGUUCAAGAUGGAAGGCAACCCAGAAGAGUCAACUCUGUUCUGCUUUGCUGUGCGUAACGCUCAAGGCGGCAAGCUGCACGUCAUUGAGGUGGGCCAACCAGCCACCGGCAACCAGCCCUUCACCAAGAAAAAUGUGGACGUCUUUUUCCCUGCCGAAGCUCAGAAUGACUUCCCUGUUGCCAUGCAGGUGAGCGAGAAGCACGGCGUGAUCUACUUGAUCACGAAGUACGGCUAUGUGCAUCUCUACGAUAUUGAGAACGGCACGUGCAUCUUCAUGAACCGCAUCAGCGGCGAUACCAUCUUCGUGACGGCGCCGCAUGAGGCCACCAGCGGCAUCAUCGGCGUCAACAGGAAGGGACAGGUGCUGAGUGUGAGCGUCGACGAGGAGAACAUCAUCCCAUAUAUCAGCAAUGUGCUGCAAAACGCUGACCUGGCGCUGCGCAUGGCGACACGCAACAACCUUGCUGGUGCUGAGGAGCUUUUUGUGCGCAAGUUCAACACGCUUUUCCAGGGCGGCCAGUACAGUGAGGCGGCAAAGGUGGCCGCGAACGCCCCUAAAGGGAUCCUGAGGACGCCUCAAACAAUUCAAAAGUUCCAGCAAGUCUCGGCUCAGCCUGGCCAGACCUCCCCUCUUCUUCAGUAUUUUGGUAUCUUGUUAGACCAGUCACAUCUCAACAAAUUUGAAUCUCUUGAGCUAUGUAGACCUGUUCUUAGUCAGGGCCGGAAAAAUCUGCUGGAAAAGUGGCUUAAGGACGACAAGUUAGAAUGCUCAGAGGAGCUUGGAGAUCUCGUCAAGCAAACUGAUCCCACUCUUGCAUUAUCCGUGUAUCUGCGAGCUAAUGUACCUAACAAAGUCAUUCAAUGUUUUGCUGAGACCAGCCAGUUCCAGAAGAUAGUGCUUUAUGCUAAGAAGGUUGGCUACACGCCAGACUACAUCUUCCUGCUGCGCAACGUGAUGCGCGUCAACCCUGACCAGGGCCUCGCUUUUGCUCAGAUGCUCGUUCAGGAUGACGAGCCUAUGGCGGACGUCAGCCAAAUCGUUGAUAUUUUCCUGGAAUCGAACCUCAUUCAGCAGUGCACUGCUUUCUUGCUCGAUGCUCUCAAGAAUAACCGUCCCACUGAAGGGCCUCUGCAAACUCGCCUGCUGGAGAUGAACCUGGUCUCGGCCCCGCAAGUGGCUGACGCCAUCCUUGGCAAUCAAAUGUUCACUCACUACGACCGUGCGCACAUCGCUCAGUUGUGUGAAAAAGCUGGUCUGCUGCAGCGCGCUCUGGAGCACUAUACGGACAUGUACGACAUCAAGAGGGCCGUGGUCCACACCCAUCUCCUCAACUCUGAGUGGCUUGUGAAUUUCUUUGGCUCUCUGUCGGUCGAAGAUUCUCUAGAGUGCCUCAAAGCGAUGCUAACAGCCAACUUGCGCCAAAACCUUCAAAUCGUCGUGCAAAUAGCCACUAAAUAUCACGAGCAGCUCAGUACCAACGCUCUCAUCGACGUUUUCGAGUCUUUCAAGUCAUUUGAAGGGCUCUUCUAUUUCUUGGGGUCUAUUGUCAACUUCUCUCAGGAGCCAGAAGUGCAUUUCAAGUACAUCCAGGCAGCAUGCAAGACAGGGCAAAUUAAAGAGGUGGAGAGAAUCUGCCGCGAGAGCAACUGCUACAACCCCGAGCGCGUGAAGAACUUCCUGAAGGAGGCCAAGCUGACAGACCAGCUGCCCCUGAUCAUCGUCUGCGAUCGUUUCGACUUCGUGCACGAUCUUGUGCUAUACCUCUACCGCAACAACCUUCAGAAGUACAUCGAGAUCUACGUGCAAAAGGUGAACCCAUCGCGCCUGCCGGUGGUGAUCGGAGGUCUGCUGGACGUGGACUGCGCCGAGGACGUCAUCAAGCAGCUCAUCCUGGUGGUGCGCGGCCAGUUCUCCACCGACGAGCUCGUCGAGGAGGUGGAGAAGCGCAACAGACUGAAGCUGCUUCAGUCGUGGCUGGAGUCGCGCGUGCACGAAGGCGUCACGGAGAACGCAACCCACAACGCCAUAGCCAAGAUCUACAUCGACGCCAACAACAAUCCUGAACGCUUCCUCAAGGAAAACCAGCACUACGACAGCAAAGUUGUUGGCAAGUACUGCGAGAAGCGCGACCCGCACCUAGCGUGCAUCGCGUACGAGCGCGGCCACUGCGACCGUGAGCUCAUCAACGUGUGCAACGACAACUCGCUCUUCAAGAACGAGGCUCGCUACCUCGUCCAGCGCCGGGACCCUGAACUCUGGGCCGAGGUGCUCCAGGAGACCAACCAGUACCGCCGUCAGCUCAUCGACCAGGUUGUUCAGACGGCCUUGUCAGAGACUCAAGACCCAGAGGACAUCUCUGUUACUGUGAAGGCUUUCAUGACCGCUGACCUGCCCAACGAACUCAUCGAGCUGCUCGAGAAAAUCGUACUGGACAACUCUGCUUUUAGUGACCACAGGAACCUGCAGAACCUGCUGAUCCUCACAGCGAUCAAGGCUGACCACACUCGCGUCAUGGACUACAUAACUCGACUGGACAAUUACGAUGCCCCCGAUAUCGCCAACAUUGCCAUCAGCAGCCAGCUCUACGAGGAGGCCUUUGCCAUCUUCAAGAAGUUUGAUGUCAACACUUCUGCAAUUCAGGUCUUGAUCGAGCACAUCACAAACCUGGAUCGCGCCUACGAGUUUGCUGAGCGCUGCAACGAGAGCGCCGUGUGGAGUCAGCUCGCCAAGGCUCAGCUGCAGCAGUCACUCGUCAAGGAGGCCAUCGACUCUUACAUCAAAGCUGAUGAUCCUACUGCUUAUAUGGACGUGGUGCAGACCGCCUCACAAACCGGUCAAUGGGAAGAUCUUGUGCGGUACCUGGUGAUGGCUCGCAAAAAGGCACGUGAGUCCUACGUUGAGAGCGAGCUGGUUUAUGCCUACGCCAAAACAAACAGAUUAGCUGACCUGGAGGAGUUCAUUGCUGCUCCAAACCACGCCGAUAUUCAGAAAAUCGGUGACCGGUGCUUCGAUGAAGGCAUGUACGAGCCUGCCAAGCUCCUGUACAACAACGUGAGCAACUUCGCCCGUCUGGCCAUCACGCUGGUGCAUCUCAAGGAGUUCCAGGGCGCCGUCGAGAGCGCCAGGAAGGCCAACAGCACACGCACGUGGAAGGAAGUCUGCUUCGCCUGCGUCGACAACGAGCAGUUCCGUCUCGCUCAGAACUGCGGUCUGCAUAUCGUCGUGCAUGCUGACGAGCUCGAAGACCUCAUCAACUAUUAUCAGGACCGUGGUCACUUCGCUGAGCUGAUCAACCUGCUGGAAGCGGCACUCGGGCUCGAGCGCGCCCACAUGGGCAUGUUCACUGAGUUGGCCAUCCUCUACUCCAAGUACAAGACCGAGAAAAUGAGAGAGCAUCUCGAACUUUUCUGGUCUCGCGUCAAUAUUCCUAAGGUGCUGCGCGCCGCUGAACAAGCACACUUGUGGGCGGAGCUGGUGUUCCUGUAUGACAAGUACGAGGAAUACGACAACGCCGUGCUCACCAUGAUGAACCACCCCACCGAGGCCUGGAGGGAGUCACACUUCAAGGACGUCGUCACAAAAGUUGCCAACAUUGAACUUUACUACAAGGCCAUUCAAUUCUACCUGGACUACAAACCCAUGCUGCUGAACGAUCUGUUGGUGGUGCUGUCCCCUAGAAUGGACCACACGCGCGCUGUCAACUUCUUUGCUAAGAUGGACCACCUGAAAUUGGUAAAAGGUUACCUACGUUCUGUUCAAAAUCUCAACAACAAAGCCAUCAACGAGGCUCUGAACUCUCUGCUCAUCCAAGAGGAAGAUUACACCGGUCUACGCACUUCCAUUGAUGCCUUCGAUCAUUUCGAUACUAUCGCCCUGGCCCAGAGCUUAGAGAAGCAUGAGCUCAUCGAAUUCAGACGUAUUGCUGCAUAUCUAUACAAGAGCAAUAACCGAUGGAAGCAGUCUGUGCAGCUGUGUAAAAAAGACAAGCUAUACAGAGACGCUAUGGAGUAUGCUGCCGAGUCAAAGACAUCUGAUAUUGCCGAGGAAUUGCUCGCGUGGUUCCUAGAGGAGGGCAAUCAUGACUGCUUCGCUGCAUGUCUCUUCCAUUGCUACGACCAGCUCAACCCUGACGUCAUCCUGGAGCUUGCAUGGCGCCAUAACAUCAUGGACUUUGCCAUGCCUUACCUCAUCAACGUCAUGCGAGAGUAUGUUGGCAAGGUCAAUAAGCUCGAGGAUGCCGAGAACAAGAGGAAAGAGGAGAGCGAUACGACAGAGAACAAGCCCAUGAUGAACAUGAUCAAUGAGCCGCAGCUCAUGAUCACGGCGGGCCCCGGCGGGCUGCCCCCAGGCUACGCCAACGUUGCUUAUACCAACAACGUCGGUUACGCCCCUCACCCCGGCGCCAUGCCGUCGUACCAGGGAUACGGCGUGUAACCUUUGUCUUCAUCAACUAUUACAUUAGCUCCCUUUGACUUAGCGUUACCAAGCCGGCUGAAGUUGGUGCAAUUGUUACUGAGUUCGUGUUAGAUUUGUGUUGAAGCUUGUUCAAACUUAAUAUUUUCCUGAAUUUUUAUUAUGAAUGAUUAUUAUUGGUUCAGUUAUCCACCGUGUAUAUCUACAGAGUAUUGGCUGGGAUUUCACCGUCCAAAAGCUAUUUCAUCAUUCCUGUUUAGAUGGAUUCAUGUUGCAUGUGAAAUGACAGCUUCCUUCCUUUGCCGCGACCUACACGAGUCCUGAAUACGCUGCGCCAUCUUUGCAUGUUUUUCAUGCCCACGCUUUGCAGUAUGGCCAUGUAAAUUAUUAUUUUUUUCAUUUCGGGAUAACUUUCCUUUAUAUUUACCCCAGCGGUGGGAGGAACGUUACUCGUUUCCGAGACGUUCUCGGCUGUAGUGCCGGCUUGUGUAUUGCAUGGUAUUGUUUAAUUUCGUAUUUAUUUUGAAUGAACGUAGUUAUUUCAGCUCAUUGCAAACUCACUUCACCUCACGCUCAGUGCAACUUCCUUCCCUUCUUUUUUUGCAUUAAAUUAUUUAUUCGUCAUUACAAAUGAUAGCAGGAGUGUGGAGUGACGCAAGGUUGUCCGUCGUUGUUUUCAUUUGCUGUUAUCGCUGUUUUAAAGCAAUCACUGAGCAUUUCCUAACUGUAGCCUUGUAUCUCGGCAACAUUUAUGCAAGGGGAAAUACGUAGAUGCGCUCGAUUGUUUUCGUUGCUAUUGACACGCGAUCUUCUUAUUGACCAGAAAUUGAAUCCUGGUGUUAACGACCGUAACAAGGAGUAUACUGAUGACACCUAUUCAAUAUGGAAUAUCAGAAAAUAUUUAAGAAUGUAAUUGUUUUAAAGUUGCUGUUGAAAUCAUGGUCAAAGUUGUAGUCUCUUCAAUCAAUGGAUCAUAAUUCAAAUGUGACUGGCACCAUGUAUAAAGUACAUCAUUUAGUUUCUGUCAUUUGUAGUAUUGAUGCUAUUACGAGUUUUGUUUCAUUCUUCUCUCUCUCACCGACGGUCGCGCUAUUAGGUCUCUUAAUUUAUCCAAUCUACUCUUUCACGGCACUCUCACCACAUCACUCGGGACUGAAUUAUCUUGUUCGUCAUAUUGUUACUAUAAGGCAUGCCGUUCUCUUAGCAUGCCUCCUUCUUCUCAAACUGUGUUGACGGGUUCUCAUAAGCGAUCAAUGCUCCCUUCAGGAAGCACCAAGGUGUUGAUGCGGAAUUCAGUCGUCAUAUCCCAGCGUUGCAUUCAUUAAAAGUGUAUUUCCGAGCACCUGCCCAGAAAGUAGUAGCCAUGCUGCGUCGAUAAAACUUGUAUCCUCAAACCGAUUAAUUCGAGUUGUAGCCUGGGACUUGAUCCACUCCUUUUUAGAGUUUUAGUCGUCCUUCACUAUUUACUGGGAGGAGCUAUGGUUUUGACGUAUUAGGAGUUAUAUUCUUGGCUGCAUUUACUGAAAGGAGUUGUAGCGUUACUGCGUCUGUAUAAAGCAAAGGUUUUGAUGUAGUUUGGUGUAGAUGGCGCACCCAAUCUUGUAGAGCCGUCGAGUGCGCGCCUCCUAACAGGUCGCCCUGUGUUCACCUGCCGAGUGUUUCAUAUUGUAGCGAGACGGUCAUUGCUCUGUGGCUACAUGGCGUGCUGUUAGUAUAUCUGCCAACUGUGAACCUGAAGUAGGCUAUUAUUAUUAUUAAAAUCCUUGUUGUAGUCCUAAGAAUUGUAAUUAUUUGUUUGCUGCAAUGGAAUUUACUUGAUUGUAUACAUGAGAGUUUUCGAUGGUGGGCAGAUGCUGCUAGCUUCUAUCGUAAUAGUUCUUGCUGCUAUUGCUCCUGACAUGUGGUAUGGAUGCUAGGAUGCUCUUCGUUCACAAUGUGACCCAUCCUUGUUGCAGUCUGAUAGUCUUACAUUCCUGAACGACGCGGUGCUCUCCUGAGGUCUCUUCUCGGGUUGCCUCGUGAUGGCACAGCUUUAGUGUCGUCGCUCUGCGUGACUCUGGCUGCGACAUUGUUGCAGCUGUGUUCAUUAAAAUUUUGUUCUCGCUGGAGCGUUCUCUUAUUAUUAGUAGUAGUAGUCCUUGUGAGUUAUAUUGAUUUGCUGAGACUUCUUCGUCUUUACAUUAAUUGUAUCCUCCCAUGUCAAUCUCAAAGCGUUCAUCACUCUUGAAUUGUACCGCGUGUCGAUGACGUGCUGACUUAUAUGGUUAAUUUGCCGUCGUUUUGUGAAACAAUUGUUAUAAAAUGAGGCUGCUCUCGGUUGCGCUGUCCAGAUGAUGUCUUGCACCAUAAAUUUGUACAGCUGUUGCAGUUGUGGCUGAUUGCCUUCUUAGUUAUCCAGCUAUCGCUUCAUCAACCGCGUUGAGCGAGCUUGACUUCUAUGUUGACUUUCAUCUUCAUUGAUGCAUGGCAAACAAACGUGGACGCCUCUAGUGACCUUCAUACACAAUUGAGAGUACAUCUCGCAUGCAUGCGUGGCUACUGUAGAGCGAACGUACAUUGUUGAGAUUUGUUAUGGGCGCUCGCCAUAGGCGUCGGUCUGUAGAACUCGUGAAGAAUUCAUUCUACGCCAGGCACUGCGCCGGCUGUUCUGGAGGCAAGCUAUCUUCACAAUCGGCCACUUCCUCCUUUAUAAAUUUCCCUCUCUUCCUGUCUCUAGAUCUUUAUGGGCUCUACUUAACAUUCGAACACUUCAUAGUUGUUUCUGUCUUAUUUUGGAAUGGAUUUAUUUUAGUUGGAAAUUAUGCUUCUUAUUCAUAACGAUAUUAAUCCCAUUAUGAAAAUUUGUAUUGUAGAUGUCUAUAACAGAAAUCAUACUUGAAAAUUAUUUAUAGAAGUCGA